GGAAGAUUGCUUCUUUGAAGGCUCAUUCUUAAUUGGUUUAGUUCAUUCUGGGCUGAAGAGGGUAUUCAGCUUUAACUUUAGAGUGCUUCAUUGGGUUUGCAUGGAUAGAAGGGGAAGAUUGGGUACAAGAAAUUGGGAGUUCUCAAAUCAUACAGGACAUGCAGAGUCAGUUUUAAAGCCAGUUUCUUGUCUUUCAGUUCCAAACAGCACUGUUUCAGGACACCAAGAGACUUCUCCGAAAAUGAGCUCAUAUAUUAAUAGAGACUCCAUAAUUGGUGAAUGCAAUUCGGGAGUUUCUGCGAUGGACUUUUCCUGGAUUCCACAGAGAAGCUUCCUGUCUCAGACAAAAAAUAUGAAUUCUACUCAUGCAACUCCAGUUAAUUCAGAAAUGAUGGAUGUGCAAGGCAUGCCAGUUGCUGCAGAAGGUGCAAUGCAAAAUGGUGUGCUAGAAGCUAAGCCACUGAGAGUCAGAAAGCAGCAUCGUUCCACGAAGAAAAAUAAUCAUACUGCUGCUAAAGUUUUGAGGCAAAAGGAACCAAAGAAACAGCCUUCGGUACCAGCAAAGAGGAAAGGAAGUUCCACAUCCAUGGGGAAACGUGAGAAGAAGACUCAAGAUAUUAUUGUAGAUGGAACAAUGGUAGAUUUUUCGAAUGUUCCAGUGCCUGUAUGCUCAUGUACUGGUGUGCCUCACCAGUGUUAUAGAUGGGGAGCUGGUGGGUGGCAGUCAUCCUGUUGCACCAUGAGCAUAUCAGAAUAUCCUCUUCCAAUGAGCCCUUCCAGGCCUGGUGCACGCCUCGCAGGAAGGAAAAUGAGCAUUGGUGCAUACAGAAAGCUUCUACACAGACUUGCAGCUGAAGGCCAUGAUCUUUCUUAUGCGGUGGACUUGAAGGAUCAUUGGGCAAGACAUGGCACUAAUAAGUUUGUCAUAAUCAAGUAGCAGCAAAGGGGUAGCACAACCAACUUCCUCUUUCUAGCUUUUUAAUGUUUUGCCUUUAGAUGUGAUUUUCUUUCCAUAUUUGAAGUACUUGUGGGAAAAUAUGUUACAGAUGAUAUGCAAUCUAGAUCGAAACAACUCCCUAGUUCUGGUUGAACAUUUUAUUGUACCAUAGACAACUUUGAGUCUUUCAUGCAGAUGACUUUUUUCUAAGCAUGCCUAUAUGAGCAUCAUUAUUCUAAUG